AUGUCCUCGUCGAGCUCACAUACCACCUCAAUAUCGUUGACAAUGGCUGGUGCUGACCUUAAUACAUCUAUGUCAGAAGCAUACUACACGAUUGUGGUCGGCGGUCAGAGUUUCAAACUGACAUGGCUUUCUCUGAGCUCGGAUGGUCCAAACUAUUUCACGAAUGUUUUUACGUCGAGGCUGGAAGAGUCAUUGACUAAAAUGAUGUAUAUUGAUCGAGACCCGGAGAUAUUCAAAGAUAUUGUAAAGCAUUUACAAGGAUAUUAUGUUAUGCCGCGUGACGAGGUGCACUUUACGGAUUUAUAUGUCGAUGCAAUAUUCUAUAGUCUCACAAAACUUAAAGCCCAAUUACAAACAAAAUGUAUUGUGAAUCUCGGGGGAAAAGUAUUUCGCAUUGAGCAAGAAGUCCUCAAACGAGACUCACCAAAUUUUUUCACUACUAUGGGAUUUGGAUUUAGAUGGGAACCACCUCCCAAUAUACAAAUACAACAUGCAUCGAUUCCACCCCCGAUGCUUGAUCGCGACCCGGACCUAUUUGCCGAUAUUUUACGAUAUUUGCAGGGUUACGAAGUACGCAUCCGGGACGAAGUGCAUCGACAAAAUCUGCUAAAAGAUGGACGAUUUUAUCAUCUUCGAGGGCUGACAGAGAAAUUAUUGGAGUCGAGAGCGAUCGUGAAUGGGUUCGCUAAAGAUCAGAGUGGAAAAAAUGAUAUUCUGUUCCUGUUGAAAGAUAUUCGAACAUCAUGUGUUAUUUUGCCGGAGGGAAGUGAUCCCUCCGAUGUAAAUAAUAAUGUGAAUUCGAUACCGGUGUUGUAUAAGAGUAGAACAAAAGAAGGUGCUAUUUACGAUUUAUUGGUGGAGAUUCACGAUAUUAAUUUGUUUUGUCGGUACCAAGUUAAUACCAACACGAAUAAUAACACGAUAACCAAUAACAACACAAAUAUAAAUUUUGCGUCAACAACUCAAAUGAAUCUCGGUCUUCUAUCGCCACCACGAACAACACAAACAAUAGUGAAAUUCGAACUAGUAUUCACUGAAAAAGAUGUUCAAAAACUCGAAAACAUUGCAAAGUCCAUCAAAAUCCCUCACCAAAAAGUCAGCACAACGACCCGAUCACCAGAAUCAUGCGCAUUCGAAAUAGACGGUAUCAAGUCCACAUCCGAGGCCCUAUCAAAUAUCGAACGCCUCGCCUAUCUACUUAAAUCAGACCCAGAGUCUGGCACAAAAUAUCUGAAACUUUACGUGACAAAGUGUAUGACGCGGCUGUUUGUCAGGGGUGGAAAAAUGGAAAUCGAAUUGGUGAAAUGUGAGGCGUUUAGUUCCGAGAGAGGGUUUAAUUCAAAACGAGAUUUUCUACCGGUUGAAACAAAGAUUGUGUCAUCAUGA